AUGGCCGUGUCUGUGGAAGUCUAUGUGAUUCUGAGCCUGUACGCCGUGGGCAUGGCAUUGACAUUUUAUUGGUGUGUCUUGGCCGACCCCGACAAAUCUCCCACCGCCAAGCUGGUAACGCACACACUUCCCACGAAAUCGCAUCAAUGGUUCAGCGAUCAUAUACUUGGACCAAAGGGCACCCAGGUGGUCGAUGCCAUCAUGGAAAAACUGUUGGCCAUUAUCUACUUGGCGACAGUGGUGGGAUGCUAUCUAGUGUUGGUAACGUACGGUUACCCAAAGGCCCGAUUGUCGUCUCAUGUCGAAGAGUAUCAUUUGCGCAAUGGACACAUUCUCUGUGCUCUGGCCAUUAUCACUUGGAUUGUCACCAUGACGGCCAAUCCGGGUUGUAUUACUCCAGAAACGGUCCAAUUCUACAAUCAUUUCCCGUACGAUGAUUUGCUGUAUGUCCAAGGACGAUACGAUGCUGCCAAGGGAGUGCCUCGUCUGCCACGCAGCAAAUUCGAUCGUCUCAAAUACCACCAUCACGUGCCACGCUUUGAUCAUUACUGUGGAUGGGUGGCUAGUACGAUUGGAGAAGAAAAUUAUCGACUCUUUCUAUUCUUUGUCUUGACACAACUGGUCCUUUGUGCCUACGCCACCACUCUGAUACUCGUCUUUUUCAACGGAGAGAUUACGGAUCACGACUUGUGGAAUCAAACACUCUUUGAUCGAGUGUCUGGAUUGGAAUUCCAAGUCACUCGAUUUGUCAUGCUACAAUUCUUGAUUGACCGCCAUUUGCACGAAACGAUUGUCUUGGCCGUGGUGGGUGUCAUGACGCUCCUCUUGACCUACUUUUUGGGAUAUCACUGUUACAUUACAUCCAAAGGAAUGACCACCAAUGAACAUUACAAGUGGGGACAAGUACGCAAAUGGCAUCAAGCACAAGUGAGACGAUUCGAAACUUACAAACAACAACAACAAGAUACUCCCACUUUGCAAUCACAACAACCACAACAACCUGCUGCCCCCAAACCACCCGUUCCCGACGGUGAUGUGGGAUGCACGGGAGGGGCGGCUUGUGUGGAAACGACGACCGCCGAUGCGGAACCAGGCAUGGCAGAUCCAGGGCCAUUGCCCAAGAACAUGUACGAUAAGGGACUGGUAGAAAACUGGAAGCAAGUCUUGUUUCCAAUUUCGCUGCGAAAGAAACGAGAGGCCGCCAAAGCCAAUGACAAACGAAAAGCCACGUGA